UCCGCGAUUCACUUUCAACACAGCUCUCGGAAAACAAACAUAUAUGCAGGACAACUGAAUAUCAUUUAUCAAUUGAUUUAAAUCACCAAAGAGAUUUGAAAACAGCAGAGAUGUCGGUGGUGAGCGCUCUGCCUUUCCUGAAGCCCCUUCACGUGAGAGCUCCGGUGUCCCCCGGCCGCCAGCGCAGGCACACGCUCCCGGCCAGCGAGUUCCGCUCCCUCAACACCGAGGACGCCAUCAGUGUGUUCGAAAUAGAGAGAGAGGCUUUUAUAUCUGUGUCUGGGGAAUGUCCACUUCAUCUGGACGAGGUCCGUCACUUCCUCACCCUCUGUCCCGAGCUUUCUUUGGGCUGGUUUGAACAGGGGAGGCUUGUGGCUUUCAUCAUCGGAUCUCUGUGGGACCAGGACCGUCUCACCACUGAUGCACUGACCCUUCACAAGCCUCAUGGGACCACUGUCCACAUCCAUGUGCUGGCAGUCCACCGGACUUUCCGCCAGCAGGGAAAAGGAUCUAUCCUGCUGUGGCGUUACCUGCAGUAUCUGCGCUGUCUACCAUAUGUCCGGCGUGCUGUGCUCAUGUGUGAGGACUUCCUGGUGCCUUUCUACCAGAAGUCUGGCUUUAAGGGGCAAGGUCCUUCUGAAAUCACUGUAGGGUCACUGACCUUCAUCGAGAUGUAUUAUCCUAUAAGGGGGCAUGCAUUUAUGCGGCGUAACAGUGGCUGUUAAAGGGUCACUGGUCACGUAGGUUUUUGGACCUUCUAAAGAAGCAGUGGGUGUGUUGAAGCAGCUUUUGUUUUUGGUGUAGGUAUCUCACGGUGUAACGCUGUUUGUGUCCACUUUUGUAAGCCUUGGUCAGCAUAGAUAAAAUGGUUAGAUACAGAAAAAAACAAGAAAAGAAAGAAAGAAAGAAAGGGAACAUUAGAGCAAACUGCAUUCCACUCUUUUAUCUAAAAGUAAAAAUAUUUCUUUUUUAUAUUCAUCAUAUAAAUUGUAGUUUUUUUGGCUCUGUCAGUUUAUUUAAUAGACUAGGUUUCUAUUUAUUGUUUAUUUUGUAUGGCAUUUGGUAUGAGGGUUUUUUUAAUUCCUUUUUUUUUAAUUACUCAUGCACAUUUUUACAUUUAUGACAGACCUCCUGUUGUGUUGUGAGUUUUAGGGUUAAGGUCGGAGAGAUAAGAUAUUCUACUUUUGGGCUGGUUUUUGUGUUCAGUGUCUUGUGGCUGAUUUAGAUGUGUGUCUGUUCUGUGGAAGCAUUAAAAUAGCAUCAACCGAACGCUUUUCCGCUGUGAUCUCUUAUGAAAACAGCCACAAGAGAACAUACAGUGUUGUCUGUUAUAUCGGUGAGUGCCAAUGUGACAAAUUUUUAAUAUACAAUCCCAUAAACAUAAGAAAUAUUUACUGUGUUGUUUAGGGCACUAGUACAGUUGCAUUUAUAGAUUCGAAUGACUUUUUGACUUGCUUCAAAGAAAAAGAUUAAAGAGUCCGUGUGUAACAAAUCAUCUUCAAACAUAUGUUGAGAUGGUUAAGAAGGUUUCCAUUUGCCUUUCCCUGUAGAGAUCCACCACCUAUGCCUCCACAGUCUUGAAUCAAGACAUUUAUGAUUUUGUACAUUUUGUAAGUAAAACAAAUAAAUGAAUAAAGAAUCUCUUUUUUAGAAUGAUUGCUCUUUGAACUCCUUGUGUAAAUGUCUGUA